AUGCAAGAUUCCCAGGGCCCCUGUGCUGGCAGCCCCCAGGACCCCGAAGAUGGCAGUGGGCCAAGCCUGUGCCGGGGCGAGCUGGACUUCGGUGGAUCUGGGAAAAAACGUGGCAAGUUUGUUAAGGUGCCCAGUGAUGUGGCCCCUGCUGUCCUCUUUGACCUCAUGCUGGCCGAGUGGCACCUGCCGGCCCCCAACCUGGUGGUGUCCCUGGUGGGUGAGGAGCGGCCUUUCGCUAUGAAGCCCUGGUUACGGGACAUCUUGCGCAAGGGGCUGGUGAAAGCUGCACAGAGCACAGGGGCCUGGAUCCUCACCAGCGCACUCCGAGUGGGACUUGCCCGGCACGUGGGGCAGGCCGUGCGUGACCACUCACUGGCCAGCACAUCCGCCAAGAUCCGAGUGGUGGCCAUUGGCAUUGCUCCGCUGGACCGGGUCCUGCAUCGUCAGCUUCUGGAUAAUGCCCAGGAGAGCAGCCCAGUUCACUACCCAGAGGAGGCGGGUGACAACCAGGGCCCCCGUUGCCCCCUGGACAACAACUACUCCCACUUCAUCCUGGUGGGGCCCGGCGCCUCCAAAGCCGCAGACGGACCCACGGAACUGCGGUUGCAGCUGGAGAAACACAUCUCCGAGCAGAGGACGAGCUACGGGGGCACCGGCAACAUGGAAAUCCCUGUUCUUUGCCUGCUAGUCAAUGGUGAUCCCAGCAUCCUGGAGAGAAUCUCCAGUGCUUUGGCACACGCAGCCCCCUGGCUGAUCCUGGCGGGCUCCGGGGGCAUCGCCGACAUCUUGGCUGCACUGGUGAACCAGCCCCACCUCCUGGUGCCUCAGGUGGUGGAGAAGCAGUUUAAAGAGAAGUUCCCCGCUGAGCACUUCACCUGGGAAGACAUCCUUCACUGGACCAGACUGCUGCAGACCAUUGCUGUGCACCCGCACCUGCUCACCGUGUACGACUUCGAGCAGGAGGGCUCUGAGGAGCUGGACACCGUUAUCCUGAAGGCCCUGGUGAAAGCCUGCAGGAGUCACAGCCAGGAGGCGCAGCACUACCUGGACGAGCUCAAGCUGGCCGUGGCCUGGGAUCGCGUAGACAUCGCCAAGAGCGAGAUCUUCAACGGGGACGUGGAGUGGAAGUCCCGGGAUCUGGAGGAGGUGAUGAUGGAUGCGCUGGUAAACGACAAGCCCGAGUUCGUGCGCCUCUUCGUGGACAACGGUGCCGAUGUGGCCGACUUCCUGUCGUAUGACCGGCUUCAGCAGCUGUACCGCGCGGCGCCCCCCAAGAGCCUGCUCUUUGAGCUACUGCAGCGCAAACACGAGGAGGGCCGCCUGACGCUGGCCGGCCUGGGUGCCCAGCAGCCCCGCGAGCCGCCCACCGUCCCCGCCUUCUCCCUGCAUGAGGUCUCCCGCGUGCUCAAGGACUUCCUACACGACGCCUGCAGGGGCCUGUACCAGGACUGCCGUGCUGGGGUAGGGCCCGCCCCCACUGCGGAGAAGGGUCCGGCCAAACGGCCCACAGGACAGAAGUGGCUGCUGGACCUGAGCCAGAAGAGCGACGACCCCUGGCGGGACCUGUUUCUGUGGGCGGUGCUGCAGAACCGCCACGAGAUGGCCACCUACUUCUGGACCAUGGGUCAGGAGGGUGUGGCAGCAGCGCUGGCCGCUUGCAAGAUCCUCAAAGAGAUGUCCCACCUGGAGACGGAGGCCGAGGUAGCCCGCACCAUGCGCGAGGCCAAGUACGAGCAGCUGGCCCUGGAGCUCUUCUCGGAGUGUUACGGUAAUAAUGAGGACCGCGCUUUCGCCCUGCUGGUGCGCCGGAAUCGCAGCUGGGGCAAGACAACCUGUCUGUACUUGGCCACUGAGGCCGACACCAAGGCCUUCUUUGCCCACGACGGUGUGCAGGCCUUCCUCACUAGGAUUUGGUGGGGGGACAUGGCCACAGGCACACCCAUUCUGCGUCUGCUAGGAGCCUUCAUCUGCCCUGCCCUCCUUUACACCACCCUCAUCACCUUCAGCGAGGAGGCCCCACUGAAAGAAGGCCCAGAGGCCCUGCAGGAGUUGGACAGUCUGGACACAGAGAGGAGCUUGCUCAGCAGCCCAGACAACCGGGUAGAUGAGCCGGAGUUGCCGAGGGCUCUGUGCCUCCACCGUGGGCCCAGGGCUGCCUCCCUGCUCAUGCGCUGGCGGAAAUUCUGGGGCGCUCCUGUGACCGUGUUCCUGGGGAACGUGGUCAUGUAUUUCGCCUUUCUCUUCCUGUUUACCUACGUCCUGCUGGUGGACUUCCAACCACCACCCCAGGGGCCUUCAGCGCCAGAAGUCACCCUCUACUUCUGGGUUUUUACCCUGGUGCUGGAAGAGAUCCGGCAGGGCUUCUUCACAGACGAGGACACAAACCUGGUGAAGAAGUUCACGCUCUAUGUGGAGGACAACUGGAACAAGUGUGACAUGGUGGCCAUCUUCCUGUUCAUCGUUGGUGUCACCUGCAGGGUGCUGCCCAGUGUGUUUGAGGCAGGCCGGACAGUGAUGGCUGUGGACUUCAUGGUGUUUGCUUUACGGCUGAUCCACAUCUUCGCUGUCCACAAGCAGCUUGGCCCCAAGAUCAUCAUUGUGGAGCGCAUGAUGAAGGACGUCUUUUUCUUCCUCUUCUUCCUGAGCGUGUGGCUCGUGGCCUACGGCGUGACCACGCAGGCGCUGCUUCACCCCAACGAUGGCCGUCCGGAGUGGAUCUUCCGCCGCGUGCUCUACCGGCCCUACUUGCAGAUCUUUGGGCAGAUCCCGCUGGACGAGAUUGAUGAAGUGCGGGUGAACUGCUCCACCCACCCGCUGAUGCUGGGGGACUCGCCCUCCUGCCCCAACCUCUAUGCCAACUGGCUGGUCAUCCUGUUGCUGGUCACCUUCCUGCUGGUCACCAACGUGCUGCUCAUGAACUUGCUCAUCGCCAUGUUCAGCUAUACGUUCCAGGUGGUACAGGGCAAUGCCGACAUGUUCUGGAAGUCUCAGCGCUACAGCUUGAUUGUGGAAUACCACGAGCGCCCCUCGCUGGCCCCGCCCUUCAUAAUCCUCAGCCAUCUGAGCCUGCUACUCAAGAAGGCCUCCGGCAAGGGGGCGGAGCGCAAGGGGCGGCGCCUGGAGCGAGACCUACCGGAUCCCCUAGACCAGAAGAUAGUCACGUGGGAGACGGUCCAGAAGGAGAACUUUCUGAGCAGCCUGGAGAGGCGGAGGAAGGACAGCACCGCGGAGGUCCUGCGGAAAACCGCUCACAGGGUGGACACGGUGGCGACGUGCCUGGGGGGACUGCGGGAACAGGAGAAGCGCAUCAAGGGCUUAGAAUCCCAGGUCAGCUACUGCACAGUGCUCCUGUCUGCCGUUGCUGACACGCUGGCCGGCACGUGUUCUCAGAAUUGCUGCAGUAGGAGCGAACAGCCCUCUGCUGACCACGGAGGGGGCCCUGGGGCUGGCCCGCUGCCCUCCAACAUCUGA